AUGACUGUCAACUACGCGCCGCCAUUCCACCCAGGCGUGGCGCCAGCUGCGCAGAUAUCCUUAAGGGUUUCCAAGUAUUGGACGGACAAUCCGACUGCCCUGCGAGAGAUGCAUGGUUUCGAGCUCGUUCGACGUCUAUGCAACGGCUCGAUUUCUAUCCUGGUCGCUGUCUCUCAUAGCCCGCCAAGCACCGUUCUGUCAUGGAAUCGUUCCGUUCGCGCAGAACAAAGUUGUAAGAACCGAUGGUUCAUUCUCAACCAUGAGGGCUCACUAGCCAACUACGGUUCUAUCAACGAGACUGUCAUUACCAAAUUUGAUGAUUUUAUCGACAUAUUGAGCGACAAGAAGAACGACAAGAAGAAUGCCGUCUAUGUCAUGAGCGGACGCACCGUCCUAUGGCUCAACACCCUUUCGGCAUUCCCGGUCAAUCUUGCCGACAGGAAAGCCGAUCCCUGCACAGCUCAGGAUUUGACAUGGAAGUGGAGGUUGUAUGCCAAGUAUACGCUUGAGAUAUUCUGCGAUUACUAUGACAGGCAAAGUGGCUACAGCCCAAGAUCUAUGGCAUUCCAUUCGCAGGCCUUGAGCUCUCAAUCGCCUGAGCCGAGACGAACAAGCUGAUGCAAAUCCUCGGAAAACUUACGGUACAUUAUCGAUAAAAAUGUAAAUACAGGGUCCAGCCCCGUAUUCGGGGUAGCAAACAGGAGCCUUUCCAUCAUAUGUACCUUGACGAUGAAGCUUGCAACAUUGGAGCCUGCAGAUCGACCGCAACAAGCUUAUGAUAAACUUCGUCCGCAAUGAGGUCAAUGUGCCAACCAAGAAGGACGACUGCCCCUGUCGAGAACACGGUUAUUUGUGCAGAAACUCAGGAACAAUAUCCGGCACGCCAGGAAGGGUCAGUUGAAAGCCCGACAGUACAUCGACACUGAGCGGAAGACCUACUGGCCGUUCGACUUUGUUUGUUUUCGAAGAGAAGUAAUUCGUUGAGUUUUAUUUUUGGGCAUUGGUUCGAGG